UGUCAAUUCUGCGCUUCCGGGACUUAACAUCCAGUUCCAUCCAUCGUAGUUAUCCAGCUAAAACAAUUUUCAUUUUAUUCGUUACCUGACCGGCUAUGAUUUAAAAGGUUUGUCGCUGACAUGCUGGGGAUGUGCUGGAGUGGUUUCCACUACUGCUUAAGAAGCAGGAGGCUCGUCGCACACAUUGUUGAUACAAGCAUUUCGUGUUUGUUUGGAGAAUCUUGUUAAUAUGGUGGAGAGACCUAUAAGUGUAUGUGUCCUUUGCGGUCUUCCUGCUGCAGGGAAGAGUAGUCUAGCCAGUGUUAUUGUUGCUGAAGUAAAAGCCUGUGGAUUAGCGGACUGUUUGCUUCUGUCAUAUGACGAUCUAAUACCAGAGGAUGCCUUCCAGUUCCCUUCAGAAACUGGCAGCCGACCAGAAACGUUGUCAUUGUGGAAGUUGUACAGACACAAACUUUUAGGGCACCUUGAACAUUUCAUUCAGAAUACAGCCAGAAAUUCUGAUAUGCUUGACCCAGAAGAUGGAAUAGAUGCAAUUUGGAAAAGCAUUAUUCACUGCCUGGAAGAACAGAAUAUGAUUUCACCAGACAGAAAGGGUGUCGAUGCUUGCCAGUACCAGAUAAACAAAAAGGAAGGACCACUUGUCAUUAUUUUAGAUGACAAUUUCUAUUAUCGCAGCAUGAGAUAUGAAGUCUUCCAGCUGGCACGAAAAUAUUCUUUAAGUUUUUGCCAGGUGUUUUUGGAGUGCCCAUUUGAAGUUUGUACCCAGAGGAACUCUGAGAGGACUUGUCCUAUUCCAGAGGAUACAUUGGUGAUAAUGAGACAAAAAAUGGAGCCUCCAGAUCCUAUCAAAAAUUCCUGGGAACAAAACAGUUUGAUUUUGCAGACCCAUGGCUCGAUAUUAGAAGACAUUCACAAGGUGAUUACAUUACUCACAACAGCAAUGGAACACCCCGAGAAACAGCUCGAAGAUAACACAGAGCAACUGGAAAUAGAUAGGGCUAUUUGUGCAAGCAACAUUCUUCAUCAGAGUGAUCAAACUUUCCGUAAGCUUGUGUCUCAAGCUAUGAAGACUGCAAAAGACAAUAAGGUACCUUCAUGUACUUUGAAGCAGCUGGCAGAGGAGCUCAAUAAACUGAAAAUUUUCUUUCUUGAGGAUUUACGAAACAGAAUUAUUCAACAAGGCCAAAGCCAUGUGCCUGAAAAAGAAGUUGCUGAACAAAUUACUGCUCAGUUUGAUGAAGAAAAGGAUAUUGUAUUACAAAAAAUUAUGAAAAAUUAUUCUGAAAAUCCUGCUAAGUGAAACCACUCUUACUGGGAAUGUGAUGUAUUUAUACACUUUGUAAGAUUUCAUAAUGAGCUUCUUUUUGCCAUCAGAUGAAGUUGGUCUUCAUCUUCUUUCAAACAUAAAUAUAGGUGUAUCCAUCAGAAUAUGCGGGACAUUAACUUCUUUCAACACAUACGUAUAGCAGCAUAGUGUUGUAGCAGUCAAGCUUCUUAAAGACCAGUGCAUUAAAAGCUUGCAGUUCCUGAAUCUUCUAGCUAAUUCUGGUCUGCAACAGGCAUGCCACAUGAUGCCAGAUCCAUAUUUGUUUAUCCUGAUAUUGCCAAGAAAUAGUACACCAUAAAAAUAAAUAGAAUAUGUGUUUAUCAGUGAGACAAAUGGUAUACUGGUGGCAGAAUGAUGUAUGAAAGCCUGACUGUUGCACUUUAUAUCCAUAUGUUUUGUGAAAAUUUAGAAAGUGAUUUCCCUGCUGGCACUGUCUAUUUUAUGUAUUAAAAAAUGACAUUUGAUGCAUUCUAGACGAAGUAAAAUACAGUAAUCUUUU